AAAGAAAGAGAGAGAGAUAGAGAAUUGUACAAGUGUAAGAGGAGUUUGUCAAUGAGAUAUAGAAAUAAAUUCAAAUUAUAAUAUCGCUGGGGUGCUCUCUUUAUAUAUUUGCUCUGUGACAGACCACAGAAUGUGGUGAGAUAUAUCAUUUGAAUUAAAACAAUCACACCAAAGUUGAAUGGAGCAGUGAUAACGAUUAUAUGACAUCGAUAACGUUAGCUACAAUGAGUAACCGCCGUUCUUGCAUGCAUCUGCUCUGGGCAAUUCUUUUUGGGUUGAAUUCUCCCCAGAAGCAGAUACAUUUUCAGUUACAUCGGGUAAAAAGACAUGGAAAAGCGAUAUUCAGUUGUGUCCCGCGCAUAUUUAUAACGUUUAUAGUAUGCAAAUCGCGGAAAUCUAAAGUAGAAACACAUAUUCUUUAAAUUCUGGAAAUUCACCUGUUUGGAAAGCACCUUCUUUUCUUCUGAUUUAACUAUACUAUUUAUAUCAACCCGUUUUAAAAACGCAUCUUCUUUUAUUUUGAUCUAUCUAUAAUAUUUAAAUAUGGCUGAUUAUCUUAACUGAACUUUCAAAACAACAGAACUCCUUGAAUUUUACUUCAGUCAUAACAUUGACUUCAUAACAUUCGAAUCCCUAGCCCAAUGUCGGUGCAUAUCUAUCUAUAUUCGUGCAUAUUCUCAUCAGUUGUGAUCAGUUAGAGCCAUGUACAACAGUCCCCACAUCGCCCUCUUAUCGGCCGUACAGCCCAACGACACGCGCCAUAAUGCCACGCUACGUUUCCAGCGUCAUCCCACGGAUAACGUCCACACGGAUCCACGCCUGGAACAACUGAUUGUCUAUCGGGCCUUGCUGCAGCACCUGCUGCAGCAGAGGGCCCACUAUAGCCACGAGCGGGAUCUGGAACUCCAACGUCUGGAGCGCUUCCGCUGCGAGGGAGUCAACCAGCGCCGUCUACAGGUCCAGGAGCAAGUGGUCAAGAAGGCCCAGGGCAUGCUACCUGGCAUCGUGUUCAAAUUGCGCAACGAGGUGGACAAGCUGAAGCGCUUCAUCGACAUGGACAAGGAGCAGGAGCUGCGCCAACUGGACACUGCCCUCUACGACCACUGCGUCGAUCUUCUCAAUAACUGUCAGUCUACCUUGGAAAACCCACACUGAGCUGCCAAGUUAAAUCCCUCAUUCUCAUUUGUUAAAUUGAAUAGUGCAAUCAAGAAAUAGACAAAAAUAUGUAAACCUUCGUUAUACAAGUAAAAUAGUACUCCUGAUGCAUAA